UCCGUCGAUUCAGUCGCCUUUUCCGUCUAUUCAUCACAAAAAAGUUUCCCCCAUCCACAUACCCCACCAAGAAAAAUUUGCGUGUGAUUCUCUUUUUUUUUAUAUUUGCGGCUUAAUAAAACGGACGUGACCACCAGUGAACGUGAUUUUUAUUCUUUUCGGAAAAUUUUGCCGGUAAAUUUGAAAAUCAUCGCUCUUCGGUGAAUCCUAAACUCUCGGACGCUGGUCGCGUCAGUAUAGCAAGUAAAACCAUCAGGAUUUCCCGUCGGCCGGCCAUCAGAAUGAGUUGUAUCCGCCUCUCCACAUUGGUAUAAAAAGUCGCGGGUCGCGUAUGGUUUCCCGCUCAUUGUUGCAUCAGAGCCUCAGUGAGUGACCGAAAGGUGAGCAAAAACACACACGCGCGCGCUUUCGGAACUGGAAAACGGAAUAUAAAAGUGUUGGAGAGCCCUGUCCAGUGGUGGCCAGAGAGAAAUGGAGGGAAAGGAUGCAGUCGUGAUCGUGUGGUUACUGUUGCUGACAGUCGCUAGCGACCGAGUGAAAGGCACUUGGAGCCAAUUUUAUCAUUUGCGUGGUAGACUCAUCUUUCAAGAAGAAUUUGACACUUUGAACACAUCACGAUGGCAGCACAUAAUCACCGCCUGGAGGGGAGGCAACAACGAAUUCGAGUACUACACCGAUCGACCUGAAAAUAGUUAUGUUCGAGACGGAGUCUUGCAUAUUAGGCCCACCCUAACAGCAGACCGAUUCGGUCAGGACUUCCUUUACAACGGAACCCUUGAUCUGUGGCCGGAAGGGUGCAACGUCAACUACAAUGGCGGAUGUGUCGCAACUUCCGACGAAGACAUCAUCAACCCUAUUCAGUCCGCCCGGAUGCGCACCAUUAACUCGUUCAGCUUUACUUACGGCACGGUCGAGAUACGCGCUAAAAUGCCCCGCGGCGAUUGGAUUUGGCCUGCUAUGUGGAUGAUGCCAACCGAAAACCGUUUCGGUCCGUGGCCACGCUCUGGCGAAAUCGAUAUUGUCGAAAUUCGAGCCAACAACGAUUUCACGUGUCGAAAUAAGCAAAUGGGAAACACCCUAAUGGGCUCAACUCUUCAUUUUGGGACGGACGCGCAACAUAAUGUUUGGCGACCAACUCACUAUGAGGCGGUAUUGGAAGAAGGGGAUUUCGCAUCAGAUUUCCAUGUUUUUGGACUCCAGCGCCUUCCUCAAUCUAUUCGCUUUUACGUGGAUGGAAUAUUGAUUGGUGAAAUUACUCCGCCGGACGGAGGUUUCUGGGAGGUGGGCCAAUUGGAUCGAGACCCCGGUGGACCCAAUAUUUGGGGCAACGGUACAACAAUGACGCCCUUCGACUAUCCGUUCCAUUUCAUUCUCAACGUGGCGGUGGGAGGAAACUUCUUCCCUGAUGGAUGCAUCAACCACCAGUUUCAGAAGCCAUGGUCGACGAAGAUAAAGCAGCAAAUGCUUCCAUUUUGGGAGAAACGACACGAAUGGCUACCAACUUGGAACCUCCAACACGGAGACGGUGCUAGUAACGCGCUCCAAGUGGAUUACAUUCGUGUAUACGAAUACGAUCCGAACGAUACUGUUGACUGGUAUUGGUACCAAAGAGGGUUGGCCAGCAAUUCCCUUGUUGAUUCACAACGUUUGAAUGUUUAAUUUUCUGUAAGGAGAUUAAAUUUGUUAAAAACAUAUCUCGGAAAGGUGAUGUUCAUCGCGUUCCUUUGCUAGUACAAAUCGGUACAAAUCCAAUCAUUGAACCAGCAUCCACAGUUUCGUGUCCUUCUUUCUGAACAACAUUUUUCACGAAUUUUUCUUCUCGUAGAUGUACUAAAUGAUGACUCAUAGUCUCAAUUU